UUAUCUGUCAACUAUAAACGACGACAGCGGAUCUUGCUUUAUGUAAGGAAUGCACAUUAUAGUGCUCUCCCCUGUGUGUCGUACAUGAUGUGUUCCACUCGUUAAACCAGUGUGUAGUGUGUACUUUUAUUUUCAUUGGAGUUUGAAUAUGGAUAGAUCUACUUUCUGAAACUUUCUUCGAAGUUUUAUGAGAUGAAAAUUGCGCAUGGUAUUACUACAGUAGGGGCCUAGAGAUCUAUUCUAGACUCUAGUAAUGGAAUCUCAAUCUGGCUAGUUUUUUUUUUUUUAGGCAAGCAAGUGUACUUAAUUAAGUGUAGUGUAGAACUAGAUAUAGAUCUAGUCUAGAUUCUAGAUCUAAAUCUAGUUUACGUUCAAGAGUUGGAGUAAAAUUUCGAUAAGGGAGACUUAUAAGACAAACAUCGUGUAGAUACAGUAGAAUGGCGAGCCAUGGUGGUUACACACUCGCCCCAACCGUCGAUGAACCACACUCCAGCCCUGAAGCAGCAGGCCCAGCUAAAGUGGAAGUUUACGGAGGAGGUAGAUCUAGUUCAAAGAAAUGUCUGAGUCUGCCCGUGUUUUUAUUGCUGGCCAUCGCGGUGGCGGUCAUGUUUCUUGCUGGGGUUUUAGUGGGGUUUUACAUCAGCGAGGUACGGCUAGAGGACGAGUACGAAGCGGGGAAAACCCCCAGCAAAAACUGUGUCCCCAAGUCGAGAAACGAGGAUAUCGAAACGUACAGAUUGGAUAACGUCAUGUUUCAUAACUCUUUGGUGUAUUCGAUCAGAGGGGAAAACGUUACGGAGUUUGUCCAGAAAUAUGGAACUGAUGACCCAGUUGUCGGCAGUGAUAUCGAGGCCAAGUUUUCGGAACUUAUUUAUGAAGAAUUUAAAAAAUACAGUUUUGACCGCCUUGAGGUGGACGAGCAUGACAUAGUCAUGACGUCCGCUAACCCGGCCCAGCCCAACCGCCUAGAAAUAAUUAACGCAAACACCACAAUAAAGGAAAUGGUGUUCAAAAACUCCCAGAAAAUUAUCAGUGACUCACCAUCUACAACACCAGAAUGGAAGCAUCCGCAUGUAGCUUUCUCCCCUAAAGGCGAAGUCCAAGCUAACUUAGUUUAUGGACACUACGGCAGAAAAACUGACCUCAGCAUCGUACAAGCCUUGAAUGUUGAGAUAAAAAACAAAAUAGUUUUGAUGAGGUUGGGAAAGUUAACAGUGGCUGAGAAGAUAAAAAAUGCUGAAGACCUAGGUGCUGUAGGUGUUCUAUUGUACUGGGAACAGGAGGAUGCAAGACAUGAACUGGUUGAUUCUUUUUCUUCAAGUUAUGUCCCUUUUGCUUCAGCUUUCAUGUUUACACAUGAUUUUCAGAAGUUGUAUGUCCCAUCAGUUCCUUGUCAAACCAUCUCAAACGACCAAGCAAAAACUUUGAUGUCAUAUCUAAAUAUAACAUCAAACACAAAGACACAACCAGGCUGGACUGUGUUAGUGGCCAACAAUACAAGAGAAAAUGUCAGUGUCCGCCUUUCAGUAUUCAACAAAAAGUCGAUGAAGAAAAUAAAAAAUCACAUUGCAACCAUUUUAGGUUCAGAAGAAACUGAUCACUAUGUGAUAGUGGGUGCCCCAAGAUCUGCCCUCCCUGGCCAACCACAAGAUGUGGUUGUGAGCACCUCGUUACUUCUUCAACUAGCCUACAGCAUCCACCACAUGCAUUUCCACAACCACUGGCGGCCGUACAUAGGCAUCAAAAUUGUUUCCUGGGGUGGUGCGGAAUACUCUAACAUUGGUCUGCUUCAUUAUUUAAAGACUUACAAACCACUACUUGAAGCAAGAGCAGUAGCUUACUUUGAUCUGUCUCAACUGGCAAUAGGAAGUAAAACAAUACAGAUUCAAAGUACACCUGGCCUUGGGAAACUUCUGGCAGAUACCAUUGCAAAUCUGCCUGACCCAAAGACAGGAGACUACAACAUUCCAUCAGCCAGCCACAAGGAAGGGAGAGAACUCUACGAGAAUAGCCUGGUGAAUGGCUACAGUUCUAGCUCCGCCAUCAGCGUCUUCCUGCAGCAUCUGGGCCUACAGCUGGCACAUGUUCAGUAUCAAGAGUACACUGACGUCAACAACUCUGUCACCUCCAUGUCAGCUGUCGACCACGUCCACCACAACAAAUACCACAUAGCCGCAGCUCAUGUGCUGGUCAAGGCUAUGCUGGGCAUUGUUGACUGCAAACUUCUGCCAAUCAACCUCCUGGACACAGCCAUCAGCAUUAAUACAUCGUUACAUAAAACAUCAGAGCUUUUGAUGACGUGUUCAGAAAACAAGACUUCUUUAUCCUCUGCCUUAAUAUUAUCCGAUGACUUAGUGAAAUCCAGCCGUGAGUUUCAAAAUGAUGCCAAUAGUCUGAUCCAAAAAAAUAAGCUGAGAGCUUUUGCUAUGAUUAGCAAUGUCAAGAUGUUUUUGGAUCGACUGUUUAUCAUGACAAAUCAAGGAAUUUCUCAUCACUUUGCAUACCCAACUCUCCAAAAUGGAAGUAUUGAAAUAGCAACGGAGUUUUGCCUACUAGGGAAGAUCACUAAAGUGUGGAGCACUACACAUGAAUGGGAAGAACAAGUAACCACUAUUUUAAGUAGAGCACUGGCAUUUUUACAGUUGAAAUCUUAGUCGUCAAACGUCGCACAUUUGUUUGACAAUCCAGCCAUGAAGGGAUGCUAGCUGCAGCUAAACGACCUUCACACAGGCAGAUUUCUCUCUAUACCCUAAACUCAAGAGCUUUCAAAAACUGAUCACCAGUAAAUAAACCAAAUGUCAAAGUGUAAUGAGAUUAUUAAGUUAUAAAGCAUCUGGAAUAUUCCCUAGCUUUUACAUGUUUUGUUGAUAACAAUCUUGACCUGCGUACAAUGAAAUAUUUACUAUAAGCAAUAUUGAAUUGCGUCAAAUGCUUAUAGUAGUUUGCAGUCACCUUUUCUAAGUUGACAACCACUGUCUUUUGACUGGCCAUGAUUGCAAUUACUAAAGUGAAUUGACUUUCCUAGACUGACACUUCUGAUGCACAAUAUUGAUGAACAAAAUUUGUCUUUAUUUCAUCAUUCCAUCAACUUUUUAUUUCAUCGCCACUAUAAGGAAGCUUUAAAUAUUUUUUUUAAUUGCACAUAAUUGACAUACCAUUUUUAAGACCAAAUAAUUACUUAAUAAUAAUAAUUUGAUUUUGACUGCAUUUAGACCUAGUUCUUUUCUAAAUAAUUUUAUAACUAUUUUAAUUUAGAUGCUAGUUUUUUUUUAAUAAAAUUUCUUUAAUAAAAUGCUUAGAUCAUUUUGAAAAAUUUUAGUUUGACGGUGAUUUAGGUUACUGAAAAUGUAACUGUUUAAGAUCACAAAUUUAUAAAUGUUGAUUUUGUAAACAGAAAAUAAAACUAUGUAUGUAUUUACCUGUGACCACCCACCUCUUAAUUAAUUACUUAAUGUAAAUAAUUUCAAAUUUGAUAACAAGUUUACAAACUCGAGCAGUGCUCAACUUUAUAGAAUACUUUUUUUUAUUCCAAAAUAUUCACUUCAGUCCAAAGAAUUAUAACUUAGCCACAGUUCCCUAUGCAACUAAUGUUUGUCCAGUUUUUAUCAAUGUGCCUGUAUGCAAUCAUGAAAUAGAUGUUAUCAAUGUGCCUGUAUGCAAUCAUGAAGUAGAUACAUUAUCAAUGUGCCUGUAUGCAAUCAUGAAAUAGAUGUUAUCAAUGUGCCUGUAUGCAAUCAUGAAGUAGAUACAUUAUCAAUGUGCCUGUAUGCAAUCAUGAAAUAGAUGUUAUCAAUGUGCCUGUAUGCAAUCAUGAAGUAGAUACAUUAUCAAUGUGCCUGUAUGCAAUCAUGAAGUAGAUACAUUAUCAAUGUGCCUAAAUGCAAUCAUGAAAUAGAUAUGUUACCAAUGUGCCUGUUUGCAAUCAUUAAAUAGAAACGUUAUCAUUGUGCCUAUAUGCAGUCAUGAAAUAGAUACAUUUAUGUGGUAUUUAUUUACAAUUCUUAAUUAAAUCUCAGGGAUUUCAAUAUGUACAUACUUAAUUUUUUAACUCUGUAAAUAGUGGACUGUUAGAUUGAUGUUCUUGUUCAAUGUAUGAUGUGUGGGAGGUGCAGCUACACUGUACAUUUGCUGAUGGAUGUACACUAGUUGAUGGAUGUUGUGUACAACCUGUACACUAGUUUAUGGAUGUUGUGUACAACCUGUACACUAGUUUACGGAUGUUGUGUACAAGUUAAUGUCAUUACUGCACACUAGUAUAUGGAUGUUGUACAACUUGAUGACAUAACUGUACACUAAUUUAUGGAUGUUGUGUACAAGUUAAUGCCAUUUCUGUACACUUGUUUAUGAAUGCUGUAUAAUUCAUUGCCAUUAGUAUGCACUUGUUUAUGGAUGUUUAUGUACAUUACUGGAGUACUUUGCAUAAAUUAUGUUUUAAGAAUGUAAUUAUUAAAAUAUUGAUAAACCUGUAAUUAUUUUCAUAUUUAUUGUUUCUUAAUAUAACUUUUAACACCUGGCCUUGGAGAGUUAAAAAAAAAAGUUAAAUAUUUUCAAAUGGAGCUUAACGUUGCUACUUAAUGUACAUAAAUAAAACAUGUUUAAUUUUUAGUAUUUUUCCAAAAUGUUUAAAGAUUUUUUUCUAAUGUUAUUCAUCCAUGUUUUAUUUGUGACCUUUUGAUCAGUUUUAAGUAAAAUAUUUUACAGAUUUGAAAACAUUACCUAAGUAUUUGGUUAUUAAUAUGUAAAUUGAUUAAAGAUCAUUAUCCAAUUUAUUCCAGAACAUACAAUUUUAAGCAGAAUUAUCCAAGUUGUUUAAAAAAUAAAAGUAGUUUAGAUUUUUAAUGCACUGCACUAGUUAAUUUUCAUAAAUGUUAAAUAAAAACAAUUACACACUGUAUAUAAAUCAUAAUAAGUUCAUAAAUUUUAAUUUUGACCAUCCAUUUUUCCCCAUGGUGCAUUAUGAAAUAUUGAUGUCAAUUGUUUCUCUGUUGAUAUGUGCCUUAGAGUUAAAUAUUGUUGUUUUUUUUGUUGUUGUUUUUUUUUGUUAAAAUAAUCACACUUUUUAUUCACAUGUUUAUGGAGUUGAAACUGGUGAAAGAUUGAAUAAAAAACAUGUUGGAUAAAAUGAUUAAAAUUUUUUUUUUUUAAAUUAUGUAUCGGCUUGUAUUCCUUCAACCAGUGGAGAGUUCAGGAGAUUUAGAUGAAAUCUGUAAGAUUUAGAUGAAAGCUGUACACCAGUUCAAUUUUAAACUGGUAUCCUCUGUAUCCCACUGAAUGUGGUUACUGGUGUGUGAUAUAUGGUUGUAGAUUUCUUUUAGUUUUGAUAGUUAUGCUUUAACUGAAACAUCUGGUACUGCAUUUCUUUCCUCCUAAAUACACCCCCCAUACUACAUAGGAUUAUUUAAGGAUUUUAUAGUUUAAAAUUUUGUUGUAGUCAUAUUUUAAAUUUGCAUUUGCUUAUAUUUGUAUUUGUAAGUUAUAUUUGUAUCAUUAUGUUCAAAAUGAACUCUCAUUUCUCAUACUCCAGGACAUUCUAAAUCUGGAGAGUUCCAUUUCAUUUUUCUUUAUGUGUUACUUUUUUUAUUUUUGUUUGUAAAUUGUUUUUGGUGUUAUUUUCUUUUCUGGUGUAAAUGAUUAUCAUGUGCAAGUUAAAGAAAGAAUUACUUCAAGCUUGGAUUUAGAUUAAUAAUAUUUCAUCAUUUGUUUUCAAUACAAUGCUUCAA